CUUCAACACAACGAAGUUUAGCCUAUAAUAGAUAUCGACGAAAGCUCCAAUGCAAGAAUGAUAUCACCAGAGAGGAAAUAUGACAAACGUCGUAAAGGACUUCGUUUAUCUGUACUGCUUACCUCCCUUAUAUAUCACACUGUCACAGCCUCUCCACCAAGUGUACCGGAAGCGGUUAGCGUGACGUCUGUAGGGGCUAACAUUUUGGUACAAUGGCGCCGUCCCGAGAAGACGUAUGGACCCAUUCUACAAUAUCAAGUAGUGUAUAACGUACUGCCGAGCGAGCAUGACAUCACCAUGACAACAAACGGCCAAACUUUCGUUCUUAUUCCUGUGGCCGAACAUCCAGGUAGACUUUACCGCAUCACAGUUUUUGCAGAGAAUGCUGAAGGGCUGAGUACGUCAUCACGGCCGAGAUAUUUGCGUGUAACUUACGGCUGCGGCGGACAUAGAUACAUUACACCCGAUACCUCCAUCACGGUGACGUCACCAUUCUACCCGACAAGGUUCGAACACAACUCCUUGUGUACGUGGGACCUCUCGACAAAUGCGUCGUACGUGUUCAGGGUUGAUAUGGACGACAUUGACUUAAGUGACGAGGGUUGUACAAGUGACUACAUCUCAUUAAGUGACAUGUAUGUGGAACAUGAAGAAAGGCUUUGUAAAGUGAGCAAAAGUCAGCUUUUAUCUAGAGGAAACAGGACGAGGUUGUCUCUUCACACCGGAAGUGGUGGAUCUGGUAGAGGUUUCAACGUUACGAUACGGUCUGUAGUACCUGUUCCUGGACGGCCCUCUGAUGUCAAGGUCGUCGCUAUGAAAACGGUCAUCAGGGUGAGCUGGGCGCCACCUACUGGCUACAAUGUCGAUCAUAUAACUGCAUACAGAGUUCGUUACUCUGUCCUGCCGUCCGCGCGGACAGUUGUCAUCACAUUGCCAACUACUAAACGAAAGUUUGUCAUCAGCACGAGAGGUCAUGAGGGUCAGUUAUAUGUGGUCAGAGUCAGCACGAUGCACUAUUUCCAGGAGGGACCGCCAUCACCCCCAUCUUACGUGAGAUCGGCAGCAUGUUCAACAAACAUAAUAUUGAAUCCCGGAAAUGACGUCAACAUCACAUCCCCAGGGUACCCAGGUGAUUACUUACCUCUUGUUUUAUGUAAAUGGCGAAUAAUUUCCAGAUCCGUUCUACCAUUUUACUUCCGGAUGACAGCGAUGGACGUGGAGGAAAGUCUUUACUGUAAUAGUGAUUAUGUGUCUGUUUCAACAUGGGACAACAACAGACGGUGUGGUUUGAUUUCUACCCCGGAACAAUUUACCCGGGUGUCGGGGGAGUUACAGAUUACGUUUGUGACUGACAAUCAACACGAAUCUUCAGGAUUUAUGAUAGAAAUCAAGUCAGAUAGAGUGACGUCACAACAAUACCAGACCAUGGAAUCUACAAGGACAAUUAAAUACCCGAACAUCAACAAGUCUAUCCCGACGUCACCUUCUUUGAACUCCACGGGUAUCACUACAGAGACAAGUCUAGAUAACGUUAACCCUACAUCGCCUUUUCAGAAAUACCAAAGCAGUUCUAGUAUAUCACUAACAACAGUUCCUCCAUUGAAAAGUGAAAACGCAUCCAAACUUUACACGUCGAGCGCUGUUACGUCACUGUCGUCAAUGAAUUCAACAUCUGUUACCGAUACCUUAUACAGAUUGUCACCCACACCCACAGCAUCGCCAACAUCUGGGGUUUCAUUGCUCAGAAACACGUUAUCGUCUGUUUCAUCAUCAAUUUUAUCGACUGUUUCAUCGACACAAUUUGACUUCAGUUCUACGAGGAGACCUUUAGUAGGAUUCAACUCUCGAUUUACGGAAAUCGUGUCGACGACAGCAAAGACGACUGAUAACUUGCAAAUGGUGCCAAAGUUAGAUACGGGAAAACUAUAUUCGUCGAUUGAGCCAAACACCAGUGAAAUGACAACAGAUGUCGGAGUCUUUAGGGAUUUUUCAAGUGACAAGAAAAUCAUUAUAUCUACCCAUAACCCGAGUUCAAAAACGUCCUCGGAACCAUUUCUCCCAUUACAGCCAACCAAUGUAGCUGCUUGUAGUUCUACUGGGAAUGUUUCAGCAACUAACAUUACCCAUGAUAUUAGUAUCCAGUUGAUACUUCGAAGACGACAACAAUCUACUGAAGGAAACGACGAUGAACGGAGUGUCGAACAACACCUUCUUAACAAGCUGAUCGGCGUGUUCAAUAUUACCAACUUAUUUUCAAGCGUGACAAUUUCAAAGUUUGGAUCCGUAGAUCUAGUCGCGGUCCCUGUCAGUGUCGUGGCUAGCUAUGACCUUUGCGGCCUGGAAGGUUACAAGUUAUGCGAGCCAUCCUUCAGUCUGACUAAGAUAUAUUAACACAACCAGUCUUGCCAAACUGACGUCACAUCCGGCCAUAAAUGGAAAAUGGACCCUCGAUCCCGCUGACUUACAGAUAUGGAGAUCGGCUGUAAGCUUUGAAAACCAAGAAAUUGAUGACGGUUGUAAUCAUGGCGUAUGCGGAGACUACACAUCAUGUUGUGAUACUUUGUCUGUUUUACCUAGUUCACUGGAAACGUCACGUGGCAGUAACAGGACAUCACUGACGACAUUGCCACUUGUUGUUUUGGGGAUAUGCCUCAUUCUCGUCUUCUCGUGUGUUUUCAUGCUGUGGUCUCGAAAAUAUAUACAUGGACGUCGACGAAUCCAUAUACCAGUACGUGUGGUAAAGAUAACACCAAUACAUGACCACGACAUAGUAUUACAGAGUAAGACAGCUUUGAUUGGACAUUCCCUCACAACAAUGUCUUCCUUUCUCCGGGCGGGUUCACUACCGUCAAGGUCAACGCUUCAGAGAAGUAGGAUCGAGGAUGAUAUAAGGAGGGACGUUAACACAUUCGCCUGGUUCAUAGAAGACACCGCCACGCUCGAGAAGAGGUUGCGGAUAAAAAGAAAAAUGAGGCGCACAAGUUUCUGAUAGUGGUCAUCGUGUCGAUUCAUUCACCAUUGUAUUGUGGAAUCAUUCUUAGAAAAGAGGUUGUAACAAUGGAAACUUCCCGAGAUUCGUAGUUAAGCAGGAAUUGUAUGUCUAUUUGUUCCGAGAGUAAGGUAACUCAUGGAUAUUGAUGAGGGAAAUCCAGUAACACGUGAAAUGUAUGGUGUGUAAUCAGGUAGCGUGGUGAAUAGAUGGGACAACUCAUUCUAGUCUGCGAUCUCAAGAGUGCACGGUCAGGGUUUUUUAUCUAAAAGAAGUGUCAGGGUCGGGUUAGGGCUUUUGUUCGAUUGAUCAAGGAUUUCAGACAGCUAGUAAAUAACGUUUAGGUUACGUCAAUAGGUUUCGCAGAGAGUUUGGCUUAUUAAAUUUUCUCUCUAGUUUUUAAACAUGAACGUUUUUGUUGUUUUCGAUGAGAGGAAAUAUAGACAAGUAUGCGUAAUGAUUGAUAUAACAUAUAUUUGUAUAGAAUUAUUGAUUAAAAGUUCCUCCACCGGGCGGACACAGGCAGUAUA